GGUCGCACUGCCCGGAUGUAGCGGGAGGAGGCGCCGCCGCCAUCUUUGCCCGGAGAGCAGCGAGAGCUGAUCGUGGCUGAGCCCCCCCGCCGCCGGACCAUCGGUCUCCAUCCGCCCCGCGUCGCCGCCCUCGCCCUCGCCCCACGGACAUGGACGACCGGGAGGACCUCGUCUACCAGGCUAAGCUGGCCGAGCAGGCCGAGCGCUACGAUGAAAUGGUUGAAUCAAUGAAGAAAGUGGCUGGAAUGGAUGUGGAGCUGACGGUCGAGGAAAGAAACUUGCUCUCUGUUGCAUAUAAAAAUGUGAUUGGUGCCAGAAGAGCCUCCUGGAGAAUAAUCAGUAGCAUUGAGCAGAAGGAAGAGAACAAAGGUGGGGAAGACAAAUUGAAGAUGAUCCGGGAGUAUCGGCAAAUGGUUGAGACUGAAUUGAAACUAAUCUGUUGUGAUAUUCUGGAUGUACUGGACAAGCACCUCAUUCCAGCGGCCAACACUGGUGAAUCGAAGGUUUUCUAUUAUAAAAUGAAAGGGGAUUACCACAGGUAUCUCGCCGAGUUUGCCACAGGAAAUGACCGAAAGGAAGCUGCCGAGAACAGCUUGGUGGCUUAUAAAGCUGCUAGUGAUAUUGCAAUGACAGAACUUCCUCCAACACAUCCCAUCCGCUUAGGACUUGCCCUCAACUUCUCUGUUUUCUACUAUGAAAUUCUUAAUUCUCCUGAUCGUGCCUGCAGGUUGGCGAAAGCCGCUUUUGAUGACGCAAUUGCAGAACUGGAUACGCUGAGCGAAGAAAGUUAUAAGGAUUCUACACUUAUCAUGCAGUUGUUACGUGAUAACCUGACACUAUGGACUUCAGACAUGCAGGGUGAUGGUGAAGAACAGAGUAAAGAAGCACUGCAGGAUGUGGAAGACGAAACCCAGUGAGACAUCAAGGCCAAUAAAAGACCCCACCUUUGUCCCCCUUCUGCCCCAUCCUCCCUCAAAACCCCCCGGUCUCCCUGGGAGCCAUCUUACCUGACGUUGUGAUGGGCCCCAGAAUUUAGGUUCCUACCCUGUUGGUUUUUUUUUUUUUUUUUUACACAGUUGAAAAGUUCUUUAAAAGGCAAGAGUGAAUGUCUGUGGAUUUUACUGGUGCCAGCUUUCAGUUUCUUUAAGACACUAACCGGACUGGCUUAAUGGAGGCUUUUUCUGAAUCAUUGUGUGUCUUCUGUCAGUUGGAGGUAACAUCUGGAAGCCGUUAGAAUUCUAGGGAAAGUAUUUUGCACUGUGAAGUGCAGGUGGUGGCAUUUUUCAUUUUUAUAAUUGUUUAAACAAUUUAUACCAGUGUUUAAAAUUGGGCGUUUAGCUUGAAGUUACAGGUUUCAUUUGGAACAGUUCUUGUAAUGGUUUUGCAGUAAAACAAAGCGAAAACCCCAAACUGCUGAGGGUGCUGGUAAAACGGUUCACGAUCCGUGGCUGCUCAUUCUGCCUUCUCUUUACUCCCCCUCCAAGCAGGUGAGCAUCGAAGGUGGCGUUGAAAAGCCUGCAUGUGUGUUGAGUAUUUUUCUCUCCCUUUCUUUGCUAGCUCAACCUCUUUUGUUCAGUAUGUGUAACUUGAAGCUAAUUUGUACUACUGGAUAUCUGACUGGAGCCACAGAUACAGGAUCUGUAUUGUUCUUACUGAAACACAGCAUGGAAUUAACCUUAAACUUAAAUAAAACAACCCUAAAUUAAAACGAUGCCAAAUACUACUGCUACUUUACCCUGGUCCCUAUUCAGCAGAGGUGCAGGCAGAACAAGUAGCAGGAAAAGCAGAGCUUAUGGACAGUCGGUGGCUGUAAUUUCCACUCGAUGGCCUCGGCCAGGAUUUGUGAAUCUAAAUUUGUGGCUGGAUGCAGAGCACGCUCUUCCACCCUGAGAUUGUAUCUACUUAACGAUGGCAACCGGAAGUGAUGCUUCCACCCUCUAAGCAGAUAAACAGUGGGUCAGGUUGAGCUAGAGCACCUCUCUGAAAUCAAGCCGUGUCCCCCCCUCCCCCCCGUCCCUCCCUCCCCCUUCCUUUCUCUUGCCCUCUGACUUUCUCAGCAGCCACUUCCUUUCAGUGUUCAAUUCAACUUAUGCCUUGUUCGUUUCUUUAGGCCACGGGCUGGUAAAUAUUGGAGGGGUUGUGGGGUAAAUUUUACAUACACUCGGAAACAUUUUCCUUCAGUGCUUUCGCGCUCUUUAUUUUGUCUGUGAAUGCCUUAUUCCAAUACCUCUGGUCUGACCUGUAUCCUUGCCUUUAGUUUCAUUUGGGAUUCCCCUUUGGAGUGAGCAGCAAGUCUGUUGGAUAAAUAAAAUACUGUGUAAAGAUUCUG